AAGUAUGGAUUGUUUUAUUUUGAAAUUGACAAGUCAACCAGUAUUUUGCCGAACAAGAAAAUAAAGAAAGUCUUGAGUAGAGGCAACAAUAGUAAAGGGAGCAAAGUCGUUGUUCAAUUCGGAUCGGAAGAUUUAGAGGCCACGAUCACUGGAGUAGCAAGUAAACACCCGACAAACUCUCUCAUUAUAAGGCUUGCUUACAAUAGAGUUGAACGACUUUAGGACACGCAUGAUAAUUGUUUAAGAUCGUAAAUUAAAUAAGAUUGUUUCCGAAUCCUCGUGUGUAUCCCUAGUAAUUGUUUAAACGAUUUCAUAUGAGGCUUCAACAAUUUACAUGUUAGCAUCUUCGACAAACAUAUAUAACUGGUGUAUGUAUUCCUAUAUAUUGAACUAAUCACAGACGGAAGUUAACUGAAUAGUCUGCGCAUGAAUACUUUAAAAUACUACCGUAAAUGUUCGAAGCUUAGUUAGAUGAUAAAUUGAUAAGUUAGUACACUUAGUAUCUUAAAAUACUUACUAAUUUACUUAAUGUUAAAUUAUCUCCAUAGAUGAUCAGACACAGCUUAUACGGCUGGAUAUGGAUUUCGCAGCGUCCAAUAGGUUCCAGUUCUGACAGUUAGUGAAAAUGGUGAAUCAACCAGGGAAAACCAGCCACCCACCACGACAAAAAAAAAAAGGAAAAAUUAG